GUUUUGUAACACGAUGAUGCUUCUACGGCGGUCGACGCAACGUGUGGUAGCGCGAGCAGGACACUUUCGUCCCCAAAGCACGAACGCACUGCUCCAGUGCGUGGCAGAGCGCACUCUGCCGCCAUUCAACCAAAUUCGAGUCGACGAGAUGGUGCCAGCCGUGCGCCACGCCAUCCAGGAGUUGGACCGCGAUAUUGUAGCGGUGGAAACGGAGUUGCGUGCACCUGGCCGCACGUUGAGCUGGGAAAAUGUCAUGGACAAGCUAGAAGUGAGCGCUGAUCCGUUGGAACGUUUGUGGGGCAUCGUUGGACACCUCACGAGUGUCAAGAACAGCCCCGAACUCCGAGCGGCGCAUGCCGAGUUGCAGGCGGAAGUCGUGACGAUCUUCACUCGUUUCGCGCAAAGCCAGGACAUCUUCCACGCAUACAAGGCAUUGCGCGAAGACGCCGCGACUUGGAACUCGUUUGACCUGGCCCAGCAGCGCAUCCUCGAAGCGUCCAUCCGAAGCGCGACACUGAGCGGCGUGGGGCUCACCGGACCAAGCAAGGACCGCUUCAACGCCAUCCAAUUGCGCUCUGCAGAACUCAAAACCAAAUUCUCCAACAACGUGCUGGAUGCGACCAAAGCUUUUUCCAAAAUUGUGACCGACAAGCAGGACUUGGCCGGGCUGCCGGCAUCGGUGCUCCAGCUCCUCGCCCAGAACGCGGCGGCGGACGGCCAUCCUGGCGCCACGGCGGACGCAGGCCCGUGGAAGUUAUCGCUGGACAUGCCAUGCUUGCUGCCGGUGCUCAAGUACGCCGCAAACCGCGACCUCCGCGAGUCGUUGUAUCGCGCAAACGUGGCCAAGGCGGGCCUAGCCCCGUUCGACAACUUGGAAAUCGUGCGGGAAACGCUGCAGUUGCGCCAAGAACGCGCGAAAAUGCUGGGGUUUUCGUCGUAUGCCGAGCUGAGUCUGGCGUCCAAGAUGGCGCCGAGUGUGGCCGGCGUCGAGGACAUGACAGAAUCGCUUCGUCUCAAGUGUAUUGAUUUGGCUCGGCAGGAGUUCAAAGACCUGCAUGAGUACGCGACGCAGCACGGCCACACGGACGAGUUGAAGCAUUGGGAUGUGGGCUACUGGGCGGAAAAGCGGCGCGCGGAUCUGUUUGACUUGGACGACGAAGCAGUCAAGCCGUACUUUCCACUGCCCAAAGUCCUCGACGGGUUGUUUCAGUUGACUGAACGGUUGUUUGGCGUCUCGAUUCAAGCAGCCAAUGGGGAAGCCGACACGUGGCAUCCUGACGUGCAGUUCUUUCACGUCAAGGAGCACGGCAAGGUCGUGGCGUCGUUCUUCUUGGACCCGUACGCGCGGCCAAGUGAAAAGAACGGCGGCGCUUGGAUGAACACUUGUGUGAACCGCAGUCGGCUGCUGGGGCGUUCGGCAUCCGAACCCCGCCUGCCAGUGGCGUACCUCAUUUGCAACCAAUCGCCGCCAGUGGGCGAGACCCCGAGUUUAAUGACGUUUCGAGAAGUCGAGACGCUGUUCCACGAGUUUGGCCACGGGUUGCAGCACAUGCUCACGACCGUCGAGUAUGGUUCAGCGGCAGGAAUCAACGGCGUGGAAUGGGAUGCGGUGGAGUUGCCGUCUCAGUUUAUGGAAAACUUUUGCUACCACAAAGAAACGCUAUUGUCUAUCAGUGGCCACCACGAGACGGGCGCCCCAUUGCCUGAGGACCUGUACAACAAGAUCAAGGACGCGCGGACGUACAUGGCGGCGUCGGGGAUGCUUCGCCAGCUCAACUUUGGCGCGCUGGACUUGUAUCUCCACCACCACUACGACCCUCAUGCCACAGAUGAAUCGAUCUUUGAUGUGCAGCAGCGACUAGCCCAGCGGUAUUCCGUGCUCGCGCCGCUAGCCGAAGAUCGCUUUCUGUGCUCGUUCUCGCACAUCUUUGCGGGUGGGUAUGCAGCAGGAUACUACAGUUACAAGUGGGCCGAAGUGCUGAGUUGUGACGCGUUCGAAAAGUUUGUCGAAGCGGGGCUGGACAACGAUGCGGCACUGCGAGCCACCGGCCGCCUCUUCCGCGACACGGUGCUGGCGUUGGGAGGCAGCGAGCACCCCCUUACGGUGUUCGAACGCUUCCGCGGACGUCCCCAGCGAGUGGACGCGCUCCUCAAGCAUUACGGGCUCAGCCAGGCCCAGUAGAAGUCAAAGUGUAAAUCGUUGAAUUGCAAGGAGUAGUACGAAUAGUACUACUAGCGCU